CCCAGACGUGAGUUUUUCUGCUGGAGACAGCAUCUGUCCAGCAGCAGGCUGCUGGAACAUGGGACAACACGCCAGGCUCGCUUAGGGGGGAAUAAACUAGUCAAUCAACCAGCUGCCGUGGCUUGUAAGUGGUCACCGGAGGAGAAAGUGCUCAUAAUGUAGCACCGAUGUCUGGAAAGUAAAGAGAGUUUUGAAUCGCGAUAGUUAGCAGCAGCCUGCUAAUGUUAAACCAGACUUUUAGUUAAUGUGGCGAGACGGGGAGACGCCUCGACGUGUUUUCAGGGGACAACAUUUUCUUAGUGCAUGGAAAUCAUGACUCGCAUGGAGUUUGACUGACUUUUUUUUGGGGCUGUCAAAACAAGCUCUCCCUGCGAUCAUAGCCACCCUGGCUAGGUAGAGAGCUAGCUCGGCCACAGCCAUGGCCAGGAUAGAGAACGGAGGACGAGCCUCGGCGGACACCGGGAGCAUCAGGACCGUCAGCAGCAGCCACGUCGACGACGCCAGCUCGCUGGGCUCGGACUCGGAGAUCAACGGCUUCACCGACGACACGCACACCGACAAAUACGGCUUCAUCGGCGGCGCGCAGCAGGGCUCGGAGCUGGCAUCUCAGGAUGUACCCACAGAGGUGCUCAGGCAAAGGGAGGUGAAAUGGCUGGACAUGCUCAGCCACUGGGACAAGUGGAUGAUCAAGAGAUUCGAUAAGGUGAGACUCCGGUGCCAGAAAGGAAUCCCUCCUGCCCUCCGAGGCCGUGCGUGGCUCUACUUAUCGGGAGGGAAGGUGAAGAAAGAGCAGAACCAAGGAAAGUUUCAGGAGCUGGACAGUCAGCAAGGAGACCCCAAAUGGCUUGAUGUGAUUGAGAAAGACCUCCAUCGACAGUUUCCCUUUCACGAGAUGUUUGUUGCACGGGGAGGACACGGGCAGCAGGAUCUGCUCCGUGUUCUGAAGGCCUACACGCUCUACAGACCAGAGGAGGGAUACUGCCAGGCCCAGGCUCCCAUUGCUGCGGUGUUGCUCAUGCACAUGCCUGCUGAGGAUGCCUUCUGGGGGCUGGUCCAAAUCUGCGAGAGAUAUCUUCCUGGCUACUACAGUCCUGGCCUGGAAGCUAUCCAGUUAGACGGAGAGAUGCUGUUUGCUCUGCUGCGGCGCAUUUCCCCGCUAGCCUACAGACAUUUGGAGAAACAUAAGAUUGACCCCAUACUCUACAUGACUGAAUGGUUCAUGUGUGCCUUCUCCAGAACCCUGCCCUGGGCGUCUGUGCUGCGCGUCUGGGAUAUGUUCCUCUGUGACGGAGUCAAAAUAAUCUUUCGAGUGGGUUUGGUGCUACUUAAGUGCAUGUUGGGGACUCGUGAAAAGCUGAAGACCUGCCAGGGUUUGUACGAGACCAUGGAGCUGCUCAGGGCCAUAGAUCCUCGCUACAUGCAGGAGGGCUUCCUCGUUCGAGAGAUUCUCGAAAUCCCAGUGACGGCACGAGACGUAGAGAGAGAGCAUCACACCCAGCUAAAGCGCUGGAAGAAAAACCGGGGAGAGUUAAAUUUCCGACCACCUCCAAGGAUGCACGGCGCUCGCCUCAUCAUGCUGGCCGAGCCCCCCAGGCGCCAAGACCUGCAGCAGAACCCCACCAUUGUUCUGGAGGCAUCUCAACCCACGACGCAACUGAAGAAGGGCAAAGAGGAAAGGAAGAGCAAGAAGAAGAGGAGCAGCAUUAAGAAAUCUCAGCCCAUUGAUGAGAUCCCUAAUCCAUACCCUCUUCACAUUGACCCUCCUCCUCCACCCUCAGAGCCACCUUCCCCACCCCCAAUCAGCAGCGCAGUGCCAGACACAAUCCCACAAACUGAAAAGGACUCACCUCACCAGCAGAGCACACCUCCUACAGACCUUCCCGCUGCCAAAGAAUCAGCUCUUCAGCAAUCCACACAAAGCCUUAGCAGCACAGAACAGGAUACGUACCUGUAGCUCUACUGCAGUGAGUGUGUGUGCGUGUGUUUGUACAUGUGUGUAGACAAAAGCACCAGCACGCUACAGUCAGCAGCCAGCAUCGCCAAAGUCUCUGACUAGCCAGCAUCACUAUAAUUCCUAAAUUGGACCUUUUGAUUACCUUGUAGACCCAGUUUGGCCCGUGCUGUUGUUGGCAUACACUAAAGCAUCUGGACUUUUUUGUAAAACGACUCCAAAACUUCGUCUUUCUGCUUAACACUCAUUCACACCACGAGUCUUAAUAUUCUGUGGACAGAAGAUACUGAGUUGCAGUUCAUAUGAUUUUGUAGGAUUUAUAUUGGGACAAUAUUGAAGAAACUCUGUCCUGCUGCCCAACAGGAGCUGAAUCAGUCCAGGCAGUGGAACUUCUCAUGACAUUAGAGUUCAUUAGGGGUUUGGUCCACUAGGGGGCAGCCUCAGACAAGUUCCAUCUGAAAUCAAAAAGCUGUUACAAAAAGCUUAUAGUUACAGCCCCCACCCCUCCUUAUCAUAAGUUUGAGCCUGUCAUUCAGUUUUCACUGAAUUGAGGAACAAUCUGAGAAAUGUAAUCUGUCUCUCGAGUACGCCCUGCCACAAUAUCAACGCUCGUCUUACUUCAUUCUCUCUGAACUGGUGGUCCAAACCCUUUAUGAACCGAUUCCCACUGUGCCAGGCUCUUCCAGCAGUUAUUGAUGUAUGUUGUUUUGACACCAGAAAGGAAAAACACUGGACAUUCCUCCACUUUUGACACAUUCCUGCCUUUUUGAAAGCCAAUCCCUUUUCUAAUUGCCAAUUGUAGAUGUAUCUAAUGUGCACAUUUUUUCAUGUGUUUCCGAAAAAAAAUGUGGACAGGGAAUUAUUAUAAAUCGCCUAAUGGUGCUGACCUUCCCCGUGGCAUUACUUGAGAAUCAAUUGGAUAAAUGGGUAUAAAUUAUUAUUUUUUUGCUAGAAUUUCCAAAGCAGGUCAAUCAUUGUUACAAGAUCUAUGGCCGCUACCUGUGACCAGGCUUAUUUAUGUGUACGGUCAAGAGCGAUUAUGGGAUUUUGUCACUUAUUGGGAGAUUUGGUAGCACUUUCUUAUGGUAAAUAUGUAGACAUUUGACAGAUUGUGAGUGCCAUGACAAUCUGCUUUUGUGUAAAAGUCUUUUGUUACCUUUCACAACGAAAGUAAAGGGAGUUUUGACAAACAUGAGCACACACGUGGAUGGUGUUGGUGCGUUUAAAAAAAAAAAAAAAAAAGUUUUUAUAAAAAGUAAAGUGGCUUAAAAAAAAUGCCAUUUAAUCAACUCUCGCACUUGUGAUGGUCGGGUUUUCUAUAAUUGCCUGCAUUACACUUUCCACAUUUUUCCGUUUAAUUUAAUGUUCUUUGUGUAGAUAAGACUUAUUAAAACAAAAAUAACAAUUUGUUAAAUUUAUUUUCCGUUGAUGCUAUUUUUUUAUUGAGCAGUUAAGGAAAUGUCUCUGAAUCCCUUGCAGCAUAAGACAGGAUGUUCUGGAUCAGCGUAUGUAACACUAUAAAACAUAUUGGUUAAUCUGGAAUUUUGUUUAACUUGGUAAUAUUCUGUCACUAUUUUACCCCCCUGAUUUUUCCUUGAAGAUAAAAUGAUGCUACUCUAAGGAUUGUCAUCGUUUUAUACUCUGGGGUAUAUGGGACGUUUGACAACUACAGGGCUUCAGUUUUACUGUUACAAAUAAACGUUUGGUUAAAUGCAGCUUGAAGAAUUUCUGUUUAUAUUAGUAUAAUUAUUUUUGGCUUGCUACCUGUUUGUUUAUAUGCAAUGCUCUGUGCUCGCCAGCAGAUGGCGCACAGGCGUCAUCACUUUGAAAGAUUAGUGUCCUAAAGUAACUGACAUGAGAAGUCAUGUGGGUCCCAAGAUGUCUUAAUAACUGUACUUUCUUUUAUAUAAUCUUGCACCACAAACAUGACACGGUGUUUAAGUUAAUGGUAUUUUCAAUAUUCCACAGCUAAAAUUGUUACAGCUCUACUUUUCAAUAAAGCUAAAAAAAAUGUUU